AUGAACCAACAGCCCAUCAACGUGAAGCUGACGAUUCCACAGAAGGUUGGAUUUCCGGGCAAUGCAAACGUGUACCAGACCUUUCCAGCGCAGGCGGGACCAGGUGGUCAUGUUAUCUUUCAACAGAAGCCUCAAGAGUUUAACCAAAUGUCCGUACCGUCCCUUCUGACUUCAUCGGCCGUGCAACUUAAUACGAAUACUGCUGUUCAGUAUGCACGGAAACCUCAGGAAAUGACAACCUAUGAGGAGGAGCGCGGCAGGGCAAUCAAGAUGACUCUUGAGCGGAAUCCCAUGGCUUUUCAUCCGAAAAUUGGCCGGGGUGAGGGCGAAAGGAAACACACCAAAGGCUGCAAUUGUAAAAGAUCGGGAUGUCUCAAGAAUUACUGUGAGUGCUAUGAGGCUAAAAUCAGCUGCUCCGAUCUUUGCAGAUGUCAGGGUUGCCGAAACACAGAGGACAGCAUCGAACGCCGUUCUCUGAUGCGUUUGGCUGCUAUGGGCUCGUUAAGGUCUCGCCAGCCGAAUGCUUUUAAAAAACACCUCAUUAAACCGCCCCCAGAAACGCUUCCGCACGUAUUCUUCACCUGGGAAACGAUCGAAGCAACAGCCAGUUGUCUUCUUGCUCAGGCCGAGGAUGCGGAGCGCCGCGAUUUGCCACCGGCCUCACAAGAACGUCUUAUUUUGGAAGAGUUCGGUAGAGCCGUUGAUCGUGUCAUAGAAGCAGCGAGCAAGGUAAUUUUCCACUUUUAA